CCGUUACUCCAGCUUCUUUGCUUAGCAGAACUACUUUCCUGUGCUGUUUGACUUCUUUGUGGGAGAAUAAGCCCGAUUUAAAGUGUUCUUCUCUACCUCAGGCGCUUCGACAUGGCGGGGAACUUCUGGCAGAGCUCUCACUAUCUGCAGUGGGUUCUGGACAAACAGGACCUGAUGAAGGAGCGACAGAAGGACCUGAAGUUCCUCACAGAGGAGGAGUACUGGAAGCUGCAGAUCUUCUUCGCUAAUGUGAUCCAGGCUUUGGGUGAACAUCUGAAGCUGAGGCAGCAGGUCAUUGCGACUGCGACGGUUUACUUCAAACGCUUCUAUGCCCGGUAUUCUCUGAAAAGUAUAGAUCCGGUGCUCAUGGCUCCAACCUGCGUCUUCCUGGCUUCCAAAGUCGAGGAAUUUGGAGUCGUGUCCAACACCAGGCUGAUCUCUGCAGCAACAUCUGUGUUGAAAACGCGGUUUUCCUACGCCUUUCCAAAGGAGUUCCCCUACAGAAUGAACCAUAUAUUAGAAUGUGAGUUCUACCUUCUGGAGCUGAUGGACUGCUGCCUGAUCGUCUACCACCCCUACCGACCCCUGCUGCAGUACGUGCAGGACAUGGGGCAGGAGGACAUGCUGCUGCCUCUGGCCUGGCGGAUAGUGAACGACACGUACAGGACGGACCUGUGCCUGCUCUACCCUCCCUUCAUGAUCGCUCUGGCUUGUCUGCACGUCGCCUGUGUGGUGCAGCAGAAGGACGCCCGGCAGUGGUUCGCCGAGCUCUCCGUGGACAUGGACAAAAUCCUGGAGAUUAUUCGCGUCAUCCUGAAGCUCUACGACCAGUGGAAGAACUUCGACGACCGGAAGGAGAUCGCCGCCGUUCUGAACAAGAUGCCCAAACCCAAACCGCCUCCCAACAGUGAAAGUGAUCAGAGCUCCAACGGGAACCAAAGCAACUCCUACAGCCAGUCUUAGCACUUUGUUAUUCCCACGACGUGAAUCCACGACUUCGGAUCUUCUUAGAAAAAAACCCAACACGUCACACAGCACGACUUCUGCAACUUUUCGAGACAAACUGUGAGCGUCUUCACUCCGACCGUCACGGAUUAUUAUCGACCAAAUCGGCGACGACAGGCGGCGUUGUCUCCGCGAAGCUCCGACUUGAAACUGAGGAACCCCGUUGGAGGGCAUCGGAGGUGGGCGGGAAACUCUGUGACCAUCCUGACAUCCUUGAACUUACCGGAGUCGCCUCAGCUCCGGCGGGAGAACUUGAUCGCGAUUACUGUGUGUGUCUGUGCGUGUGAUUGUGUUUGUCCGGGAGGGUUUUUUUUUUUUUAAUUCCUCAGGGAUCGCAGCAGCUUCAUCUAGAAAAAAACAAAAAACAGAAAUGUGGACGUGCAGCUGUGAUGCGACGGGAAGCUCCUGCGGCCGAUCGAAUCCCCAGAGAGGCUCCUCGUUAAGGUAGACAUUAGCAAGAACUUACUGUUUCCAACCCUGGCGACUCGCUUACUGUAAAUAGCCUUAUAAUUUUAUUUCCUGCUCAAUUAAAGACGGAAAUCAUGAGCCGGUUUAGCUUCAACCUGUUUGUUUAACUGCCUGCUGCGUUUUAUUUCUUCAUUUAUUCCACUUUAGUUAUGAAAUAAUGUAUGAAAUGUGUUUCUUUCUUUUUUUUAUUCGUCAGUAAAUCACCUUUUUUUGGUUCUAUUUUUUUUUUUAAAUCUGCCCCUCUGCCGUCUAUUUAAUCACUGACUUGUGUGCGUUUACCUGUAGGUGUGUCUCUAUUUUUGUGAUGUUGUGACACUGUGUGUGUGCAAAACAAGGUGCUUGGAAAAGCCUUACGAAUUAAAAAAAAGCUGCUGGUUACAGAGAAAACCCUUCAUAUAUAUAUAUACACACAAGCAGCGUUCAGGUGAGCUGCAGGAACACCUGUUUAAGGAGCUUUGAUUGUGUUUUGUGUUGCAGAAACAACCGUAAAGGUACAAAACUGUUGCAGCUUUUCCUCCGUCUGCUGCUCACCUGAAUGGGCGUGAAAAUAAUGAUUUUUAAAAAAAAAACAAGGGCUUCAUCCCUUCAUCUAAAUAUUCCUUCUGCUACGCCGGGCGAGUUUCCCGGGAUCUGUUUUUAUUUUUACUUGAAGACCGGUUCUGGUAAUAAAAUGAUCGACGUGCACAACAAA